GUAAAGCAGACAGAGGUGCUGCAGAUGUUGGGAAAAUGUACCCGAGGCAACAAAAGGACAUUGCCAUCAUGAUGCGAUUAUUAUCUUUUCUUUCUUUCCUAAAUGUUUAUCUCAGAUUGGCUGCCUGAGUUCUGACUUUAUUGGUUGAAGCAUAUCUCCAGAAUAACGUUUCCUACUUUCCCCAGUUCUGUCCUGAGAAGAAGCUGCAAAACAACCGAAAUGGAGAAACAACAUCUGAGAAACAGAAGUGUUUAUCAACAGACAAUUGCACUGUUUUGGAAGAAUGUAAUUCUGAAAUGGAGGAUGAAAGCACAAAGCUUUCAGGAAUGGAUCUCAUCAAUUAUUCUUAUUUUACUGUUGCUAAUAACACAAGACUUCUCUUCUGAUUAUCUACUCCACCAAAUACCCGAGGCAACUCUUGGACAACUAGAUGAUUCUUCCUUCAAUUUUACUGGGCUUAAAAUUGUUUAUACUCCCGGGACAAAGAUGGCAAGACAAAUAAUGGAGAAAGUAGCAACUGUCUCUGUCAUGAAAGGUAUAAGAACAGAACUGAUAGAAGAUGAAAAAGCUAUGGAUGCAGCACAAAGAGAGGACGAAGAAACACUGGGAGUUGUGUUCCAGGAUGACUUUUCCUACCGACUCAGAUUUCCUAGCUCUAAAAUGGGUUGGCCAAAUGAUGCUGCUGCAUACAUAGAUUCCUGUUACAACUAUUCUUCAUCUUAUUGUAAAAGUCCAUUAUAUUGGUUUGAAGGAUUUCUGCCACUACAGUCUAGCAUCGACAGUGCUCUUAUAGAACUGAUCACCAGUCAUUCUGUUUGGGAUGAAAUGAAAUCAACUAGUGGCAUCCGAUUGAGUUCACCUGCUCUCCUGCUUACAGAUAGCCUGAGCUAUUCACUAUUCCAUUUGUUUAUAACAAUAUGCUUUUCUCCAUUUAUGUACUUCUUGUCACAAAAUGUUUCAAGGGAAAAACGGAAGCUAAAGGAGGUGAUGAAGACAAUGGGGUUACGAGAUAUGGCGUUCUGGCUGUCCUGGGGUUUGCUGUAUGCUGUGUAUCUUUUGAUCAUGUCCUGCAUGCACAUGGCUCUUACAAAAAGCAUUUUUUACCCCACAAGCACCUUUUCUGCAGUAUUCCUUUUGUUCUUCAUUUAUGGCAUAUCAUCUAUCCAUUUCUGUUUCAUGAUCAGUGCUCUCCUAAAGAAGCCUAAAUCCACUUCCUAUGUUGUUUUCCUCCUCACCGUUUGUUUUGGAGCCCUCAGCCUUACCACACUCUUCAUGACUAUUCCUGCACCUUUGGAAUGGACAUUUAGCAUCUUCUGCCCUUUUGCCUUUGGUGCUGCAGUUACAAAGGUUUCCUUUUUUAACAAAUACGGAAAAACCUUCUCUUUGUCUAGCCUCAUGGAAGAGUUCCAUUUUCAUGCCCUGCUUUUUGACAGUGUUUUAUACAUGUUGCUGGCUCUUUAUUUUGACAAGGUUGUGCCUGACAAAUAUGGAGUGCCUUAUCCUCCCUUGUUUUUCCUAAAGAAGUCACACUGGUUUAAAUCAAGAAGUGGCUAUAGUCGUGAUGCUCCUACAGAUGAACAAAGCCAUGGUCAUCUCUUCAGUGAUAACAUGGAAGCUGUGCCUCCUGAAUUUGAUGGGAAGGAAGCCAUCAGACUAAACAAUAUUAAAAAAGCAUAUCAAGUGGAGGGCACAAAAACAGAAGCUUUGAGAGGCUUGUCCCUGAAUAUUUAUGAAGGCCAGAUCACCGCAGUGCUCGGUCAUAGUGGAGCUGGAAAAACGACCCUCCUAAACAUUCUUAGUGGACUUUCCAAGCCAUCUGAUGGUUCUGCAACGAUAUUCAAGUACAAUAUAUCUGAAAGGGAAGAUAUGGAACAAAUCAGACAAAUAAGUGCUGUUUGCCCUCAAUUCAACAUCCAGUUUGAAUUGUUAACUGUGAAAGAAAAUUUAAAGACUUUUGCUAAAAUAAAGGGGAUUCCAUCCACUGAUAUAGAAAAAGAGGUGCAAAUGCUCCUGACCCUCUUGGAUAUGAAAGUCAUUCAAGACACCCAAGCAAAUCGUUUAAGUGGUGGACAAAAACGAAAAUUAACUCUUGGGAUUACUUUCUUAGGAGAUCCACAGGUCUUAUUAUUAGAUGAGCCAACUAUAGGAUUGGAUCCGUAUUCUAGACACCAAGUGUGGGCUCUGCUAAAUGAACACAAAGCAAGUCGAGUGACGCUUUUUACUACUCAGUUCAUGGAUGAAGCUGAUAUUCUUGCUGAUCGGAAAGCUUUUAUCUCACAUGGCAUGCUGAAGUGCGUUGGUUCAUCUUUGUUCUUGAAGAAAAGAUGGGGCAUUGGCUAUCACUUAAGGAUGCAGAUAAAUGAGGUUUGUGACCCUAAGAGAACAACAGCCCUUGUUGAACAUUACAUUCCUGCUGGCAAAUUAUCAGGACAACGUGAAAAUGAGCUGAGUUAUAUACUGCCCUUAGAAAACAUGGAUAAAUUUCCAGAUCUGUUCUGUGAUGUGGACCAGCAGACCCACCUAGGGAUUGUUAAUUAUGGGGUUACCAUGACAACUCUCGAAGAUGUUUUCUUGAAGCUGGAGGGUGAUGAAACAAUUGAUGAAGAAGAUGAUGGAGUUCUUCGCAGAGAGUAUAUGGAAGAAAGGAAAAGAGGUGCUUCCUCACCUGAUGAAAUUGAGCAAGAUCUGCUGCUGCUUUCAGACACUGGAAAGGCAUCCUUAAGAGGCACAGAACUCUGGAGGCAACAAGUUUGUGCCGUGGCAAGAAUGCACUUCUUAGACCUCAAGCGGGAGCGCAAACUCUGGGGAUCCAUAUUACUCAUUGCUGGAAUUAUAUUCAUACCUUCUUCCCUUCAGUUAAUCACACUUGCCAUAGUGCAUAACCUAAACAGCAUUGAGCUGCAUCCUAGACUUUAUUUUGAGCCAGGGCAGACAUCUGUCAGGGGAACUGCUGGACUUCUGGUUCUUAAUGACACAGGUGGAAGCAUUGACAAUUUUAUCCAUGCAGUGAAGAGCCAGAAUAUAUUUGUGGAGACGGUCACUGGCCACAAUGUCAGUGACCACUUUGUACACAACGGGGCUAUUAAAGUGGCCCUUCAAGACAAGAAAUACAGGUUCACACUUAUGUGCCACAUGGAAAUAAUUAAUUGCUUUCCAGUGCUUAUGAACAUCAUCAGCAAUGCUCUUCUGCAAACAUUAAAUUCCACUGCCCGUAUUCGAAUCUGGAGUCAAUCAGUUACUAACAUUGAUUCCAGGUACCUAUGGAUGUAUUUUUCUGAAGUAUACAUGACUGGGAUUCUUUUAUUAUUCCCUGCUUUUCCAACCCACUUUGCAAUGACCAGCAUUCGUUACUACAAGAUGAAAAGCUGGGCUCAGCUGCGGGUCUCAGGACUCUUUCCUUCUGCAUAUUGGUGUGGACUAAGUCUGGUGGAUAUCCCUCUGUAUUGGAUUCUACUCUUGCUACUGUUUGGGACAUUCUAUCUAUUCUUUUUCAUUAUGAAUACUAGCAAAAAUCCCACCAUGGUGUUAUCCUUGGUUCCAUUUCUGCUUGGCUAUGGCACAUCAGUUGUCCUGUUCCUAUACGUCAUUGCCUUCAUAUUUCGGAAAAAAUCAUAUAGUAGUAGUUUUUGGUCAUUCUUGUUCAUCGUGGGGCUCUUGUUGGUGUUUGUUGUUGGAUUUGUGUUUACGUUCUGGAGGCAGAUUCAUUAUGUGCUGGACUUUUGCAUUCCUAUGGUUCCCGCAGCACACUUUUUUAUCUCCUUGACAAUGCUGCUGGGUAGAUAUUCGCUGCAUGAAGAAGAAAUCUCAACAGUUCACACUCAACUCUUAAUAUCUACCCUUGCGCCUUAUGUCCAGAGUGUAGUUUUCAUCAUUUUACUUCGAUGUCUGGAGUUAAAAUAUGGCAGGCCACUUAUGAGAAGAGAUCCUGUCUUUAGGAUCUCUCCACAAAGAGAGAGAAGCCAUCAGAAUCCUGAAGAACCUGGCGAAGAUGUUGACAGAGAUGUUCAAGAUGAAAGAGCUCGAGCUCGAAGUGCACUGAUGUCUACAAAUCAGGAAGAGAAACCAGUUAUUGUUGCCCACAACUUGCGGAAGGAGUACAAAAGCAAGAAGGCCUGUUCGUGCUGCAAGAAGGACAAGGCAGGGGGGAAAGUGGCUACCAGAAACGUCUCCUUUUGUGUUAAAAAAGGAGAAGUCUUAGGACUCCUUGGGCCUAAUGGAGCUGGUAAAAGUACAACAAUCAGUAUGAUCACAGGAGACACUGAUGUGACAGCUGGACAGGUGCUGAUAAAAAGGGCUGAUGCAGCUGCCACAGAAGAAGACACUGCUGGGUUCCUAGGCUAUUGUCCCCAGGAGAACGCCCUCUGGCCUAAUCUGACCAUGAAAGAACAUCUGGAGAUUUAUGCAGCUGUGAAAGGCAUAAGGAAAGAUGCUGCUGCUAUUGCGAUCAAUCGAAUAGUGCAAGCCCUGGAACUCCAAGGACAUUUAAAAAAGGCAACCAAGACCUUAGCUGCUGGCUUAGCCAGGAAGUUAUGCUUUGCCCUGAGCAUGAUGGGUAAUCCAACUGUGAUGCUAUUAGAUGAACCAUCGACAGGAAUGGAUCCCAAAGGAAAGCGGCAGGUCUGGAAAACAAUCCACGCUGUACUGAAGGACAAGGACCAAGGAGCCAUUUUGACAACUCACCACAUGGAAGAAGCUGAAGCGGUGUGUGAUCGAGUAGCAAUCAUGGUGUCUGGUCUGCUCAGGUGCCUUGGUCCUAUUCAGUAUCUGAAAAGCAAAUUUGGCAAAAAUUAUUUGCUGCAGAUAAAAGUAAAGGGGAUAGAGCAAGGUGAUCUUGUGAAUACUGAGAUUCUGAAGAUGUUCCCCCAUGCAGCUCGUCAAGAAAGGAUAUCCACAUUGUUGUGUUACAAGAUCCCAAUGGAAGAUGCAUUGCCCUUGUCAAAGGCUUUCUCUAUGCUUGAGGAAGCUAAACGAAACUUCAACCUUGAGGAAUACAGCUUUUCUUUGAACACUUUGGAACAGGUUUUCCUAGAACUUUGCAAAGAGCAAGAGCGAGAAGAUUUCGACAGGCCUCUGGACACACCUUUUGAAUGGAAACAAUUGCAGCGGGGAGAUCUCUGAGCUACUAAUGGCCUAGUCUCAAGAUAUUUAGACUUAUUGCUUACAGAAGUAAGUGCUGAUCCCAUGACACAAGAAGGAUAUAAGCCCAAAUGUCUCGGCUGUACUUUUACAGGCUACAACUAAGUGGUUUGCCUCAGAAAUACCUAUCAGUAUUUCAGAGGCUUUCCACACAAACUUAUUUGUAUUUACUCAAAUUGCUGAGUUGUUUCUCAUUGGACUGGAGGCUUCGUGAGGAAAGUAAAACAGCUUUUUAUACUGUCUUCUGAACAACCAGACUAAUGGUAUAUAAUUCCUGGAAAUGUUAUGCCCAUGGAAGAAAGUGUGGGUUUCUUCUCUAUUUUUCUUUUUAUUUCAGAAAAAAAUAGUAAUAUGCAUUACUAAUUUUCUUACUUACUCUAAACACUUACAGCUUUAAGGAUAUAAAACAUAUUGUGUAUAUCUUUGCACCCAGAAUUGGUCUGUUGGUAUUUUUAUGAAAGCUGAAAACUAUGGUAUAAUCACCUUUGCUUGAUUCAACGAUAAUUAUGAAUGUAUGUGUAAUCCAGUGAGAGCUGGAUCAGCAAGCUAUUUCACACUAAGUUGAAACUAAACAUGUUUCAGUUUUUGUCAGUGGAGAAAAUGAAAUAAAAGCUGAAAGUAGAAACCAU